CAAGAAAGGUAUCAAACGUUUAAUUUCAACUCAAUUUCCGGUCUGUGCUUUGUUUAUAUUUUACGUUCUGACCAGAGAAAAGGAACACCAGAUAGAUGGAAAUACAUCGUAGAAAUCAGUUCUAAAACAACCGCUUUCAUGUGACGAAGGAGACAAGCUAACUGAAACAGAAAAUGGGUCGAACAAAGUCGGGAGGUGGAGGGAGUAAUGUGGGGGCCAGCAGUAGUCACAGUCCUUCCUCAGACACAAACUCCACAAGCAGUACUGCGGCAGCUGAGGUUCGCAUCAAAGACCUGUUGAAGGAACUUUAUCAUCUCAUACACCAAGUACAGGAUUUUUCAUCAAUGCAGGAUGAGAGAGCCAGGGGUGAACACAACCUCACAAAUAUCUCCAAAACACAUGAGCGAAUGCAACAAGAGCAGAAAGUGACACCAUAUUACAAGAACAAACUAAAAGGUCUGUACAAAACUGCCAUGCAAGAUGCUGAACUAGAAGCUGAAUUAUUGCGAAAAGCUCUUGAUAAGAUUGCUGAGGUAAAGAGUAUCCGGGAAAACCGUCGACUUGGUAAAAUAAAAGACUCAGACCGUCCCAAACCAAUCAUGAGACGAGGCGUUUUGAUGACUAUGUUACAACAGAAUGCACAGACAUUACCCCUAUGGGUCAGCAAGCCAGGAGAGAAGCCCCCGCCCCUGUGUGGAGCUAUCACUGCUGACAAUAACUAUGUAGCCAAGCCUGGAGACAAGGUAGCAGCCAGAGUGAGGUCAGAUGACGAGGAGAACUGGAUCCUAGCCGAGGUUGUCACCUUCAACUCCUCCACAAACAAAUACGAUGUAGAUGACAUUGAUGCAGAUGAAGGAAAAGAACGACAUACCCUCAGUAAAAGAAGAAUUGUUCCACUGCCAAUAUGGAAAGCUAAUCCAGAAACUGAUCCUGAGGCGUUAUUUACAAAAAAUAUGUUGGUGCUAGCAUUGUACCCCCAGACAACCUGUUUUUAUAGAGCUCUCAUACAUGAACCUCCUAAAAAGCCACAGGACGACUAUUCCGUGUUAUUUGAGGACACAUCCUAUCAAGACGGUUACUCACCACCCCUUAUGGUUGCCCAGCGCUAUGUUAUUGCGUGUAAGGAGGACAAGAAGAAAUAAACAAAGCUGUUCAAAUAUUAUUUCAUGCAGUAUUGAAAUCUUCAAAUUGAUAUGGAAGUAAUCUUUUGAUAUUAAACUGAAGACUUUCCACCUUUUCUGAAUCUGUCAUUGGUAGGUUUAUGACUAGGUGAGGAUUUUACUGAUGUUUAUUGUACAGGACAAAAAAGUUAUAAAAUAAUGAAAAAAAAAGGAUUUUAAAGAUGACAUGCGAAAAAAGACCCUAGACAACUGUUAUAUUUAUAUGAAUCAUUUACAUAAUUACUGACAUGUAUGGAAGUGUUAAUGUGUGGUCAGUAAAUAGUAUACAAAUCUUAGUAAUCACUGAGGGCUGUUCAAGAAAUAACCAUAUUGAAGGGCUAGGAGGCUUUUAACAGAGACCCCAACACCCAUCAAAUAUUAAAAGUUAUUUAAUAUCGGGAAUGGUUGGCAGAUUUGGUUUUAAACCGAAACACCUAUUAUACAUCAAUUCAUGUGCAUCCCACCUCCCCCAUACAAUAUAAGUUAUGGAAUCGCCCUAACAGUAUAUUAAACUAUAUUUGAGCUAAUAAGUUUCCUGGGCAUUUAGGAAUAUCAUAAUAAACAUUUCUCAAGUAUGCAAGUAAACUAUGGUAAAGGUAUUGGGCUCUCCGACCAGAAGAAGAUAUGGAUGUGCUUUCAAAAGAUUGUGUGCAUUAUAGGACAAAUUUUAAUUAGUAAUAUGACAAUUUCUUGGUAACUGAUUGAAUUAGGAGACAUAUUAAUUAUUUGCAAAACAAAGUAUUCGUCAACAUGAAAUUAAUGCUAUGUGGCUCUCAUUAAAAAAUGACAAUUUUAUUUCAAUUGUAAAAUUUUAUUUCAAUUGUAACUUAAGUUGCAUUGUUUAUAUGUUAUGAAUGUUGGUGUAUCAUGUUUGCUAUGUGUGUGGCUAUCUGAAUUACAGAUCAUUUCUCGCAGCAAGUGUGUCAUUUUGUAGAGUGGAUUUGUGUCCAAAUAUUGUGUUUGAAAGGAUAGCAAAAAACUUUGUUGUAUCAUAUGCGUUAAUGCAUGUAAUAUAGUUGUAAUUACAUUUUUAGAGUAAAGAAUAGAUUGAUGAGUAUCAAUAUUUACCAAGUAUUUAAUGUACAAUAAAAAGGUAUUACCUCUUUUAAAUGUACAUGUAGACCUAUUGAUUGACUGUCAAACAGUCUUUAUAUGAAUAUAAAAUCAUAUUUCUCGUGUACCAUGCAUAAUUUGCAAGAUGUACUUCGACACAAUCUGAGAAUGAUUUAUAAACCAAAUAUGGGUACAUCAUGAUAUGAAUUUGCAUCAUGUACCUCUGAAUGGAAAUUGUUGUUAUGAGGGCUUUUUCAUUAAAACAUCUAUCACACCCCAAAA